AUGAGUAACAUGAUCCCCAGCGGCAAUUACGUGAUCCAAAACGUGUUGUACAGCGAAAGGUAUACUGCCAUGGCAGGACCUGACAACAACUCCGAGGUUGUAGGCCAUGAUGUUCCCAAUACCAUCAAGGUUGAUGUCCUGGACUUGAUUUCUCAUCUUGCGACCCUCUAUGAUACGAACAAAGGGAAGUAUAUUACCAUUGAAAACGGCCUAGUCGUAGGCAGGGACGAGCCUCAGGUGCUCCAGUUGUCCUCGGAGGACGGUGAAAACUUUACCAUCCAUGAGCAAGACAUCAACUUGGUGGGCCAACUCCCAGAUGGCGGAAACUGGACCCCGGUCAUUGCUGCUCCAGCCCCUCACCCGGGCGUUGAGGGCUCCACGAGGAAGUACUGGAAGUUCGUGCCGGCGUAA